AUGAAUAAUUUGGAGCGAUGUCAAACUGUUAUUAUUGAAUUACCUGAAAAUAGCAUUGUAUAUGAUUGGUUCUAUGCUAUUCAUACCUUCUACAGUCCUAUUCAUACUUAUCUAUCAAUUGCAUUAUGCAUUCUCGGUGCUAUGUGUAAUUUUUGCAAUAUUGUCGUACUCACAAGAAAGCGAAUGCGCACGCCAGUAAAUAUGACGUUGACAGCAAUGGCGUGCUGUGACACGGUGGUACUGUUCUCAAAUCUGAUCUACACCACACAUUACACAUUAGCGGCAUUUGCUAACUGUCAUCCGAAACAGUGGAGCUAUGGCUGGGCUGUUUUCCUAGUGUGCCAUGCGCAUUUGUCACUUAUUGGCCAUUCCAGUAGUAUUUGGCUAUCGGUUAUGCUAGCACUAAUACGGUAUAUGACAUUACGAAGUAGAAGGAAGGUUAAUGUCUUGCAGAUUCAUCUACGACAUUCAUACAUGGCAAUAGCAUUUGUUGUAUUCUUUGUCACACUGAUGAACACACCAAAUUUCCUUGCUUAUAAAAUUAUCGAAAUGAAACUCAGCGAAACUUGCAACAUCACCGAUACUGGCAAUUAUGAUGCAUCAGCUUAUGUACCUGGUGUUUCUGAUUUAGCACUUCAAGCACACUGUUUGAUAUUCCGGAUGGCAUUCUGGAUAUCAGGUACGGUAUUCAAGAUGACACCUUGUUUACUAUUGUCAUCUUUUGUUUGGUUACUGAUGAAAAUUUUAACAAGAGUGCAACAGAAUCGACUUAAACUUUUAUACCAUUCAACUCGUUUCUACAAUGGAAAACAUGAAAGUAAGAAGAAACACCGCGGGCAAAGUAAAACUGACACUGCCAAGACAAAUACAAGUAUUGUUUAUCGGGCAGAUCGUACUACCCGUAUGCUACUAACAAUUUUAUGCGUAUUUUUAAUCACCGAAUUACCGCAAGGUAUUAUGAUGGUGCUUUCCGGUAUCCUUCCGGAAGCAUUCAGGCGUCACAUCUACAACAGUCUGGGAGAUCUACUGGAUUUAUUAUCACUGUGUAAUUCAUGCACAACAUUUGUUAUCUAUUGCUCAAUGAGUGAACAGUUCAGAAAUGAAUUCAAGCAAGUUUUUCUACCAAAUUCAUUUUUUGAUCACAAAUUAAGAUGGAACCUUAAACGGAACUACAAAGAGUCUUCGUCACAUUCAACUACUGAUGCAAGUUCCAAAAAUGCUUUUGAAUUACCACGAAACGUCUUAGACAGAAAUAUUGAAGGCGUUUGCCCGGCGGUAACGGCAACUUCGGAAUUACCAAUGGAAAGUUCGAUGACCUGGUCACAGUGCGCAGCUGAGAAUAAUCUGCCGGAAAAGUUAAAUACAAAUAUAGGAAAUACGGAAAAUGAUGAAGAUGCUAGCCUGUUACAUUCCAGUGCCUAA